AUGAAUUAUUUUACAAAUUUGAACGAGCAGGAAAUUAAUAGUAGUGAAUCUGAUGAUUCAUCAGAAUUUAGUAAAAGUGAAUUUGAAAUAAGUUUUUCGCACAACCACCAUGAUGAACAUUUGUUGAAUGAAUUACUAAUAGAAUUUGAACAUAUGACUUUGACUGAAGAUAAUUUAUUGUAUGCAGAAUCAGAAGUCUCAGAACCAAUAAAUUUUAUUCCUUUACAAUUUGAAUAUCUAUUUAAUGAAAAAGAGUAUCUAGUACUUUCUAGCCAGUUUCAUUUAACUGAAACAGUAACAUCUUUAAUGCUAUUUUAUGAGUUUUUUUUAGUUGAUUCUCUCAAUAAAAUCAUUGAAUUAACCAAUAAGUAUGCUAUUCAAAAUUCAGCAGAUAUUCAAAAACCAAAACAUCAUAUUUCAAAUAUGAUGCCACAAAAACGGUUUGAGCAAAUAAAACGUUAUUUGCAUAUAGCCGAUCCUAAUGAGAUGAUAAUUCAGUUUUCUAGAAAGAGUGCAUAUACUGUUCAUAUGAAGCUUAAACCAACUUCUGAAGACUAUAAAGUCUUAGCCUUUAAAGAUAUUGGAGCAUAUAGAACAACCUGUACAAAUUCUGCCAAAUUCCCAAAAGAAUUAAAAAUACAAAAUAUAGCAUCUCUUGAUUGGGAUACGCUCUUAGGUGUAAUUGUGAAUGAUGUACUUGCUGUUCUUUGGGUUAAUAAUAGGCCAGUAACAAUGUUAAGCACAGUUCACAAAAUUACUGAUAAUGAAUUUCGAAUACAGCAUGUUCAUCGGCAUCUAUGUGAAACAAGCACAAAUGCUAAAAAGGUUCAAGCAGUUUUUG